AAGAUGAGAUAUAUCGUUGAGGAAUGUAACCCAUUCUGUUUCUAUCUUUAUUUCCACCGGUGAUAUAUAUAUACCUCCUGCAAAAUAAUAAUCACCCUCUGCUUCAUAUUUGGUGGUGGAUUAGCCCAACAAAUUCAUCACCAUCAUAUCAUUUGCACGUACCACACAAAAUCAAACCGCCAUGCAUGCAUGCAUGUAUGUCCCCUGGCCUUAAUUACCAAGCUUCAAUUCAUUAAUCUCUUCCUUGCCUGCGCUGCCGGAAGUUAAAACGGAAGGGAUAUCGGAGCCAUGCCGCCUCCUCACCGCCGCAACGUCCCCAGAUCGUACCAACCCAAGAAAUCAUCGACGAGUUGCUGCUGCAAAUGCAUAUGCUGCUGCUGCUGCUUUCUCCUCAUCUUCAUCCUCGUCCUGGGCGGCUUGGCUUUCUACCUCUACCACGUUUACAAGCCCAAGAUGCCGGCGUACACGGUGGAGGGCAUGGACGUGAAGGACUUCGACGUGAAGGAUGAUUUUAGCCUGACAACGGAUUUGCUGGUGCGCGUGAAGGCCGAAAACCCUAACGCCCAUGUGGGAUUCGUGUACCACAAGAACAGCUCCGUCGUCGUCACUUAUACCGGCUCCGUUCUCUCCUCCGGCGAGCUGCCUCAUUUCACCCAGGAGCCCUUGAACACGACGGUAAUGGUGAUCGAGAUGAGGGGGGAAAGCGAGUUCGGGUCGGAUCUCCAGAAGGCGCUUCAAGAGAACAAGAAAACGGGGAGAAUACCGCUGCUUGUGAAGGUGGAAGCGCCGGUGAGCAUCGUAAUGGAGAAGUUAGAAUCCAGGGAAUUCGUCGUUUAUGUCAACUGCUCUCUCGUCGUCGACAAUCUCCAGCUGGGGAAGAAGGUCGGAAUCGUUGAAUCCGAGUACAGCUUUGAUGUUAAAUUCUAAUCAUAUCCGCCGUGUUACGUUAGUUAAUUAGUUUCUAAUCAAUCUGGAUGGCUUACCUGCUUAAUUAAUUAAUUAUAUUAUAUUGGUUGAAUUAUUGAA